AUGUUGAUCCUGGAUGUCUUUCAGAUGCAAGGCACCUUGCUCGACUACUCCUUCAGCAAGGGACAUCUGGCGUACUGGGCAGGGCCCACAGCUCUUCAGAACACCCUUUUGCUACAUGACGAUGCUGAUUCCGUCACCUUCUUCUUUGAGGGUUCAGACACCACGGAAGCCAUCCACCUUAAGCUGGAGCACCCGCAGCUGGACCCCGAGGACUUCGAGCCGAUUCCCCUCUUUAUCCGGAGCCGCGAAGGCAAAGGUGACCCAGGUGCAGGAGAGGGUGCGAAGGCAGUCGCUGGGGAGCAUCAGCUGAAUCUGCCAGCCGGCCCCCUGUACAGCCGCAUCACGGUGGAAGUUGCGAACAACGUAUGUUUUGCAAUGCGCUGCAUGGCACUGGCAACUACGAAGUACAUCUUCCAUGUGGUGCGCGUGGGUGAGGCUCUUUCGCUCAAUCUCCUGGGUCAGGUUGAUGUUCCUGCGGGCACCGUUGCUUUUCAGGAGCAUCGCCGCUGGCUAUAUCAGCAACGCAAUGCUGACUGGUAUGUCCCUACACUCAAGGAAGGAGGCAACAUCACACUUGAGGUGGUGCUGCGGCCUGUUUGCUUUGCUCCCCUGCACCCAUCUGUCGGUGCCUGCCGAUCCCACCUUGUGCAGUACUCCGACACAUGCCACUGCGGCGAAGAGAGCGUGAGAGGCGCAUGGUUUGGCAGCGAGUGCUCGAAGGAGCAGAAAGUUGUGCUGCGCAACGCCUCACUGUGUGUCUUCGUCCGCGAGUGCGAAUUCGAGGAGGGCUCAGAGUCGUGGGAUGAGCUGAGGGCCACCGGCAGCAAAGCAAGUUUGGCGGGAAAGGACGUGGUGAAUUGGCUCCAAGACGUGAAUGUGAGUGGAAAGUUCGCCAGGCUCAUCCUCUCGGAUUUGCCUUACGACAGCAGCUCCGAGGCCAAGCCGGCCAUUGCAGCCGGCUCAAAAGACGGCCACUCAAACGUGCAAGUCCUGACCAUGAAGAAGACUUCUGAAUUUCAGAUCAGGAAUGUCUUCGUUGUAUCCAUGCCUGCAGACAUUUUGUUGACACGAGAGCUGCAGCUUGCAGUUUCCACGACCCAGGAAGAGACCGACGCUGAGGAGCAGGCCUUGCCGCUCAGAGUCGUGCCACAUGCUCCACCGCUCAAGUUGAUCAAUGACACUGGACUUCUCCUCCCACACUUUGCCAUGGACGCUAAACGAAGUGAAUACGCUGCAUGCUUGCUGUCCGACCUGAAGCACAUGCAUGCAGAAGCAUUCGACAAGCGAUUCCGCGUGCAGGAGCAAACAGUUGAGCUCGCCCGGGACUGUUUCGACCUCCCUGUGAUGCAGAAGCGCUUCCGUGCACUACGUAGUGACCCUUGCCAGGACUGUGGUGAAUACCAAGCAUGGGCUGAUAACUAUGACGUUGCAGUGACACUGUCAACGCAAGCCUGUUUGGAUGAAGCCCUCAAUCUGGGUGAAGCAACAAUCUUCAAGCGCAUUGCUCACACUCUUCCCUGUGGGAGGGUCAAGACACAUCAAGCACGGUGUGGCCUGCUGCAAAGAGCAGUUCGCCUAGACCGAUGGCAGCUGAUCACAGAGCUUCCCACAUGCUGGGACCGUGAAUGCACCAACUGCACGGAGACUCCGUUGGCCGUGGCUGCGUCGGAGAACAAGUUGGAUGCCUUGACAUCUUUGCUGGAUAGCCGGCAGGUGGACGUGGACGUGAUGGAUGCCAGGAAUGUCAACGCACUCUGGCAUGCAAUCCAGCAUUGCCACAUAGGCGCCGUCAAGCUCUUGAUCCAGAAAGGCAGCAACGUGAACCAUUUGGUGAGCGAUGGGUGCAGCGCUUAUCUGGGCAGGUUGAACAUGGAUUGUCAUAGCGGUUGCAGGCUGAUCAAGCUGUAG